AGCGAGACCUAUGGGCUAGCUGGCUAAAUAGUUAGCUCAUUAGCUAGCGAUCAUUGUUGACGUCUUUUAAGUUGAAUGAGAAAUCCCUCAUCACAAUAACGAGAUGGCUUUGGUUCUAGCAGACACCAAGAUCGCAGAGCUACUGACGGAGCUUCACCAACUAAUCAAGCAAACGCAGGAGGAACGAUCCCGAAGUGAGCACAAUCUGCUCAACAUUCAGAAGACCCACGAGAGGAUGCAGACUGAAAACAAGACCUCACCGUACUACCGGACUAAACUACGUGGGCUCUACACAACAGCCAAAGCAGAUGCUGAGGCGGAGUGUGGCAUCCUGAGGCGAGCGCUGGAUAAGAUAGCGGAGAUCAAAUCCCUUUUGGAGGAGAGACGCAUAGCUGCUAGGGGGGUGUACAGUGACUCGGACCCCCCCAGGAAGACCAUGAGGAGGGGGGUGCUGAUGACGCUGCUGCAGCAGUCUGCCAUGACCCUGCCCCUGUGGAUCGGCAAACCAGGAGACAGUCCCCCCCCCCUGUGUGGGGCGAUGCCGGCGAGCGGCGACUACGUGGCCAAACAGGGCGAUAAGGUGGCGGCGCGCGUCAAGGCCGUCGACGGAGACGAGCAGUGGAUCCUCGCCGAGGUGGUCAGCUACAGCCACUCCACUAACAAGUAUGAGGUUGAUGACAUUGACGAGGAGGGGAAAGAGAGACACACUCUGAGUCGACGACGCAUCAUCCCGCUGCCCCAGUGGAAGGCGAACCCUGAGACGGACCCCGAGGCGCUCUUCAGCAAAGACCAGCUGGUGCUCGCGCUCUACCCACAAACCACCUGCUUCUACCGCGCCCUCAUACACACCCCGCCUCACCGGCCCCAGGACGACUACUCGGUGCUGUUUGAGGACACGUCGUACGCUGAUGGCUACUCGCCGCCGCUCAACGUGGCCCAGAGAUACGUGGUGGCCUGCAAGGAGAACAAGAAGAAGUGAGGAAGAGGAGGAGGAGGAGGAAGAGGAGGAGAGGAGGAAGAGAAGAAGUGAGGAAGAGGAGGAGGAGGAGAAGUGAGAGCAGAGUGGAGGAGGAGAGGAUGAGGAGGAGAAGAAGUGAGAGCGGAGGAGGAGGAGAGGAGGAAUGAGUCUCUGGUGGAGUGGGAAAGAGUCCUUCAACAUCCUGAUUCAGGGCCUACUGUUCCAACCCUGUUCUCUCUCUCACUCUCUCUCUCACUCACUCACUCUCUCACAUACACAUACACACACUCUCUCUCUGUCUCUACCCCUCUUUCUCUCUCUCCUUCCUACACACACACACACACACACACACACACACACACUAACAAACACAAAUACUAACAUCUGUGACUGGUGAAACGCUGUGCUUUUCCAGUCGUAGUGUUGAGUGUGAACAAGCCUUCUGUGUUCCUCUAUCACACACACACACACACACACACACACACACACACACACACACACACACACACACACACACACACACCUUCUGUGUCCCAUGUGUAUAGUUCUUGUGUUGCCCUUGUCUAAUUUGUCUAAUUUUUCAGCGUCUUUGCAUUCAGGAAUGUGAUUUUGCAGAAUAAAAAAAGUACAUUUUGUGAUAAAGAAA